GUAAGAAGCAUGUGAAUGAAGGUUUUCUGUGGGGCGUCUGAGCAGGAGGAACAGGUCAGUCCGGUCUGCAGACACACCUGGUUCCUCGAUGGCCAACGGGAAAAAAACCUGAGAGGCGUCGACCGAAAGAGACGAGGGCGGCUUCGGUCUCACCUCCACCUGCCAGAAAACACGCUGCGAGCUGCCUCACACACCGCCGACAGACAGAAACACCAACGACAGACAGACAUGGACAAACUCGCAAACCUCAUUGGGGACAAAGUGGGAGACAUAGUGACGGAGGCAGCGAAGGACAUUCUGGGUGUAGGUGGCAAGGACGAGGACGAGGACGACAAGAAAGGAGGAGUGCUGGCAUUUUUUGGAGGCAACAAAAAGGAGGAGGAGGAGGAGAAGAAGAAAGGAGGACUGUUCUCAUUUGGAGAUGACAAGAAGAAAGACGACGACAAGGGAGGAUUCUUCUCGAAUCUCCUCGACACAGACGACGAUAAGGAGAAAGAUAAAAAAUCAGGAUUUACAGGUCUCUUCACUGAACAGGGGGGGCCGGGUGCUGCUGGCGGGGACCAGGGAGGAACUGAAGGAGGACAAAGUGUAGGAGUAAGUGACGGAGAUCUGUUCAGCGAUCUGAUGGAUGUGGCUGAAGAAACGUCUAAAGGACAAUAAAAAGACAGAAACUACACCCUGACCUGUGAGGAAACCCUGUCUCUGCUGAAGAGACGACCAUCCUCAUCCUCAGCCGUCAACUUAAAGACUUUCCUUCAAUUUUAAUGUUUAUUUCUCUUAAAAUAUGACACACUGACAGCAUCCGUCCAUCAGCUGUCCCUGGAGCUGCACUCAGUCUUUAGGAAAAUACAUUUAUUCUGUUUCUGGGAGUGAGACGUGGACGUCAACACGCCAUGGGUCAGGGAUUACAGAGGAGAACCAGCCUCACAGUGAUGUAAACUGUCCCUGAAAUAAACUGAGUACAGAAAUCUCGUGUGUGUGUGUGUGUGUGUGUGUGUUCAGAGCUGGAUGUGGAACAGGGUAUCUUAGCUUAGCAUAAAGACUGGAAACAGGAGGAAACCUGUCAGCGAUCUCCUGUCACAUCACAUUUGUUUAUUGCUUAAACAGAAAUGUAAAGAACAUGUUUCUCAUGCUGGAUGGACACAAACUCAAAGCUCUGCACACAUUUCAGAGAAGUCUGAAUCAUCCAGCUCUUCACUGACACACUUUAUUUUUUCCCGACGCUUCACUAUCAGCUCUCUGGAACAACCUUUUCCUCCAGAGGAUCGUCAGUAUGAAGGCCCGUUUCUGUUUAUUAAUCCCUGAUUUAAGCUCUUGUGUUGGCUUGUUGGAGGAGUUACAGACAGACGGUGUCAGAGAGUUCAUGAACACGAGAUCCUGUCCGACCAGCGUUCUCACACUCGCAGCGUCUGAAGGAGGUAUAUAUACACAGAUAUACACAGACACAUGUACAGAUACACAGCGGGGUACAGAUCCUCUCCGGACAAAACCAGUCUAACCAGUCCACACUGAGGCAGCUGGGAUCUGGUCUGUGUGAAGGAAAAUGUUGUAUUUGGUCGACUCGUGCCCCCCCAAGGAAAGCUGUCUGGGAAGGUUUGUUGAUGCAGAGGAGAGCAGAGAGAUCAUCACCACAGUGUGAACGCUGACCGAUGCUUCCUGCGAUCAGUCCUUUAUCUGAGCUGGAUCUGGUUCACGCCCAAUGAUGGUCGUUCUGCAGCCAAUAACAAUAUGUGUGAUCAAUUGAUCGGCUCUGUACCUAAAACAAGGAACAAGCGUCUUCAGGUCGCCAUCAACACAUUCCUCUGACAGGAGACACUCUGUCCCAUAAUGUCUGGAGGACAGCACAGAUUAUCACCUGUGCCCUUCAUCGCCUCGGCAACGGAGCUCCUCUCCCUGUCCGAAGGGCACCAGUUUCCCUAAACAGCUGCAGACCCCUCCCUUCACCUGGAUCCUGAGCUGGUCUGAAGACGACCCCUUUGCCUGACCACGACCCCGAGGCCCCCACCAGGAGACAGUCAGAAUGUAGCUGAGUGACAGAAAACUCCUUCACAGUCUGGACGUCCGUUAUCUGCAGUCUGUCAGCGGGGGAACUGGAGGUCCAGCAGAGUGAAGUCCUGACUGACGGGGACGCUGUUCUCGUCACACAGGAAGUGGCUCCGGACGGUGACGGUGAAGAUUUUUCUCGGGAGGGAGAGGAGGGUCUGUAGCCUCUCUGCCGCCACCUGGAUGUGCUUCACUUCUGAACCUGGAGCUGAGAGUCAGACAGCUGAAACAGACUGUGAAGCCUACGAGCUCCAUCACACCUUUAACAGAUAACUGACGGAGGACAGGUGGAGAACGACGUGUGAACACUGGCCUGACUUGAACUGACAGAUUCCUGAAAUGUAGUUAGAGACAGUCGCCUUGAAUCACCUGCACACAGGUGUUCUGUCUGAAGGUGGGUGGAGCUAUGCUGAGACUCGGCACAGUUCGUUCCAGACAGGACACCUGUGGAGGUGGACUGUGGGCGGGACGGGGAUCAGAUGUUGAACCUGCUUUUCAUACAUUCAUCCCACCAACAUUUGCUUAAUCAAACAACUGUCAGAUGACACGCAGCACACCUGGGGCCAGGUGCAGGGGUUUGUUUCAGAAAAUGCUGUAAUUAAACCUGCUACCUGCUCUGUGGCCACUUAAUGAGCUGCACCUGUGCAGUCUAAUACAACCGCUCUGCUAACAACGUGUUUCUGGUGACAGGUAAAUUCAAUGCUAUGUUCAUUACUGACGUAGUUAAAGGUGGUGUUGUACUGGAACACACCAUGUUCAGGUGUUUCUGAUGUUUUGUCCUCCAUAUUUACAUACAUGUAUCUCUGACACUGAAGGCAUCAUAAAGUUGAUGUUAUACGACUGAGACUGUGUCCCU